GGAGGGGGGAGGAGGAAGAUGGAGACCCACAUCUCGUGCCUGUUCCCGGAGCUGCUGGCCAUGAUCUUUGGCUACCUGGACGUGCGGGACAAGGGGCGCGCGGCGCAGGUGUGCACCGCCUGGCGGGACGCCGCCUACCACAAGUCGGUGUGGCGGGGGGUGGAGGCCAAGCUGCACCUGCGCCGCGCCAACCCGUCCCUGUUCCCCAGCCUGCAGGCCCGCGGCAUCCGGCGGGUGCAGAUCCUCAGCCUGCGCCGCAGCCUCAGCUACGUGAUCCAGGGCAUGGCCAACAUCGAGAGCCUGAACCUGAGCGGCUGCUACAACCUCACGGACAACGGGCUGGGCCACGCGUUCGUGCAGGAGAUCGGCUCGCUGCGGGCCCUCAACCUCAGCCUGUGCAAGCAGAUCACCGACAGCAGCCUGGGCCGCAUCGCCCAGUACCUCAAGGGCCUCGAGGUGCUGGAGCUGGGCGGCUGCAGCAACAUCACCAACACGGGCCUGCUGCUCAUCGCCUGGGGGCUGCAGCGCCUCAAGAGCCUCAACCUGCGCAGCUGCCGCCACCUCUCGGACGUGGGCAUCGGGCACCUGGCGGGCAUGACCCGCAGCGCUGCCGAGGGCUGCCUGGGCCUGGAGCAGCUCACCCUGCAGGACUGCCAGAAACUCACCGACCUGUCCCUCAAGCACAUCUCCAGGGGCCUGACGGGCCUGCGGCUGCUGAACCUCAGCUUCUGCGGGGGCAUCUCGGACGCGGGCCUCCUGCACCUGUCCCACAUGGGAAGCCUUCGCAGCCUCAACCUGCGCUCCUGUGACAACAUCAGCGACACCGGCAUUAUGCACCUGGCCAUGGGCAGCCUGCGCCUCUCUGGCCUGGACGUGUCUUUCUGUGACAAAGUGGGCGACCAGAGCUUAGCCUAUAUUGCCCAGGGACUGGACGGCCUCAAGUCCCUUUCCCUCUGCUCCUGCCACAUCAGUGAUGAUGGCAUCAAUCGGAUGGUCCGGCAGAUGCAUGGGCUACGCACCCUCAACAUUGGGCAGUGUGUUCGAAUCACUGAUAAGGGCCUGGAGCUGAUCGCUGAACAUCUCAGCCAGCUCACUGGCAUUGACCUCUAUGGCUGCACUCGAAUUACCAAACGGGGACUAGAGCGAAUUACUCAGCUGCCCUGCCUCAAGGUGCUCAACCUGGGACUCUGGCAGAUGACUGAGAGUGAGAAGGUCAGAGAGACUACUCCCAUACCUUAGCAGGAUGUGGAGGUGAUCCUGUAUUCUCAAAGUCUGUGCCUACCAUUGUCCAAGUACCAGUAUAGCUAAGUUUAAAGAAGCUCAUCACAACGUUGGCCUCAGCAACUUCUGACGACUAAUCUGUGUUAUCAAGAGGAGCCACGCAGAUGAAAUUGAAGCUCCUUCAAGUCUUAAAGAAGGAUUAUGUCUUGCAUUACUUAUUUCAAAUACUGACCUUAAUAAUUUGGUG